UUAUCUGUGUGUGUCCCGGAGAAGAUGACAAACGAGGAGAUGAGUGACAUUGAGAUGAUCAGAAAGAAAGUGGUGGAAGAAUGGGGUGUUAUGCCAUAUUUUCAUCAACCUUUCAACCUGGACGAGUCUCCUAAUUGGCGUUACCCUUCGAAAUUAAUACCUGAAAGUGGCCAUCUUCAAAUGCUACAACGCUUUCUGGACAGAUGCGACCAAUUCAAAAGCUUCGACUUCUCAAUUAAGCCAAUGAAAGCUGGCGGGGUGAAGCUUUGCAGCUACUCUGAGUUGCAACAGAUUGCUGAUUUCAAGCGUUUUAGCUUGGAGACUUUAUCUGGAAGAUUGUUCCGUGGCACCAUUCGUGAAGGAUCUGAAGAACGGCCGGUGGUUGUAAAGACAUGUGAUCUUCUCCUUCCUUACCGUGAUGGACAUUUUGAACGUCUACCUAAAUUUUGUGAUGAGAUCGAGUUAUUCAUGGAUGAAAAAGCAAAUACACAUAAAAAUUUGGCGAAAUUGUAUGCAUUCUGUUGUGACAAGAGGCUUGCAGUUGUCUAUGAUGAAAAUGUUACCUGUCGCUUGUCUGAUGUGUUUCUGAACGAUGACUUUGGGUGGGACUUGCGGAUAAACGUGGCAACUCAACUUGCAGAUCUCUUGUCAUGGUUGCAUGAAAAGAGGAUUGCAGUUGGCAGUAUUAUUGCGUCGUGCAUUAUGAUAGAUGAGGAAGUGAAUAUAAAAGUAUUUGACUUUGGCUUCGUUUCUAAUCAUGUGAACGAGGAUUCUAAAAUUCCGGUUGAAUAUUUUAUCGGCAGGGAAGCUCCAGAGGCUAUAAAAGGUAAGCGUACGAUGAAAUCUGAUGUUUACAUAUUUGCCCUUCUACUGCUGGAGCUGGUAACUAAAAAGGAGUAUGAAUACAAAAUUAAAUAUCUGGUUGAACGCGGCGAAAAAAAAUUGGUUGAUGAAAGCUUCAAAACAGUUGAUGAUGCAACUGCAUGGGAGAUCACAAAACUGAUAUCCAAGUGCAUGGUUUACGAUCCAAAUGAAAGGCCAACAAUGAAGGAGGUUUUUGAUGCUUUGAAAGCAAUGAGAGCGAGGGGGGAGAAACGUAAAAGAGCUGAAAGUGAGGCAGAAUAGGAUAAAUUGCUCUCUAGGCUUAGCUGUUUUUACUUUUGUAUAAAUCUGAAUCCGUAAAGUAGUUGCCUGGCUGCUUCUUCUAGAGAGGAAGCAGUCUUUUUCUGGAGCUUUAUGAAUGAUUACUGAAAAAUUCGUGUUGCUGAAUACCUAUGAAUCGGAGAUGUUCAAACUCUUUAAACGUAUUAUUGUAGAAACCCAAAUUUAUCCCCUU